CACAUGAUUCAACUAAACCUCACAUCAUUACAUCUGAUUAGGUUGGUAUACUGAUAACAUCACAUCGAUCACCCAAUUAGCUAUGUGAAAAAAAAAAAAAAUCAUUUUUGCUUAGUGCAAAACAACGUAGGUUGGAUGGAUGGAUGGAUGGAUGGAAGUGGGGGAAACGUGGUAGGUGCAGCAGAAGGAAAAGAAACUUAGCUGUUGAAAAGGGGAAGAAAGAUCCCACAAUAGGUUCUGCAGUCUGCUUCGCUUCUCAAAAUUGUAGAACAGAACAGAGCCUUAAUCUCCACAGGCUACUAAAGCUCUUCUUGCUUUGAGAGGCUUUUUCUAGAUAGCUGAGGGAUAAUUUAGAUGGCUCAACAAGUGAACAGCCAAGAUGAAGAGGUCGUUCUUGCUGAAGAAAUAAGCCACCACGUGAGAUUGAUCACCUUGAACAGGCCUCGCCAAUUGAAUGUGAUUUCAUCGAGGGUGGUGUCUUUACUUGCUCAGUACUUGGAAAAGUGGGAAAAAGAUGACAAUGCAGAACUCAUACUGAUUAAGGGUGCUGGCCGUGCCUUUUCUGCUGGUGGGGAUUUGAGAAUGUUUUAUGACGGCAGGACCUCGAGGGAUUCGUGUCUUGAAGUGGUCUACAGGAUGUAUUGGCUUUGCUACCACAUUCACACUUAUAAGAAAACACAGGUUGCUCUUGUUCAAGGAAUUUCCAUGGGGGGAGGUGCAUCUUUGGUGGUCCCGUUGAAGUUUUCCGUAGUCACAGAAAAAGCUGUUUUUGCCACUCCAGAAGCAAGUAUUGGGUUUCACACUGAUUGUGGGUUUUCGUACAUGCUUUCACGUCUCCCUGGGCAUCUAGGGGAAUACUUGGCCCUAACAGGGGCAAGGCUGAGUGGUAAAGAGUUGAUUGCCGCUGGAUUGGCUACGCAUUUUGUCCCCUCCGAGAAACUGCCUGAACUGGAGAAACGCCUGGUGAGCUUAAAUAAUGGUGCAGAGACUGCUGUCAAAUCUACCAUUGAAGAAUUUUCCACUGAUGUUCAGAUUGAUGAAGAAAGUGUCUUGAACAAACAAAAAAUGAUAGAUGAUUCUUUUUCUAAGGAUUCUGUGGAGGAGAUCAUAAAAUCCCUUGAAGCUGAGGCUACCAAAGAAGGAAAUGGUUGGAUUGUUCCAGUGCUUAAAGGAUUAAAGAGAUCAUCUCCGACAGGAUUAAAGAUAACAUUGAGAUCGAUCCGAGAAGGAAGGAAACAGUCACUGCCUGAAUGCCUGAAAAAAGAGUUUCGUCUCACUAUGAACAUUCUUCGUACGGCAAUAUCCGGUGAUGUUUAUGAGGGUAUCAGAGCUCUUACAAUUGACAAGGAUAACUCUCCAAAAUGGGAUCCUUCAACUUUUGAUAGAGUGGAUGAUGAGAGAGUCAAUGUUGUAUUCCAACCAUUUGAAGAAGAUUUGGAGCUCAAGAUUCCAGAAAGAGAAGAUUGCAGGUGGGAAGGAAAAUACGAGAAUUCAGUUUAUGCAGUUCCAAAGUGAGCGAUGAACCAAAGUUUUUUGGCUACCAUCUGAAAUAGCCUCAACCGUCCGAGCCACAUAGCAUACUUUUCCCUGUUUCCACACAUUUAUGAGCGCUGGUAUUUUGCCUUGCUCUUCCAGGGUUUCUAGCUCAAAAAAUGUAUUCGUCUAAACUACUGCAAUAACAUGAGACAUAAAAUGCAUUCUCUUACAUAAAUGAGCACCUGAUUGUAUCAGACAUAAAACUCAUCCUCUUGCAUGACGGAGCACGAGAUUUUAUCAGUUUAUAGGGUUCAUCAUCAACAAUAUCAAGUCAUUGAAAACGUUUAUUCCAACUUUUUCUAGUGAGGUCAGCUGAGCCCUUGAACAGGGCUCAAGACAGUAGAACCGGAUCCUCCCGGGACGUUGUAAUAA